AGCAGAAGAAAGCAGAAACCGACAGGCUGCAUGACAAAGUUGGCAAGGGUCUGUUCUCUCUCUGUCAGCCCUGUAGGCUGCCUCGACCUGUCAGCACCACUGUUUAAAAUUUCAGCUCCCUGAAUCCCUGCAUUGUAAGAAUUUGGAUCUUCUUGGGAAGUGGAGUCCAACGACGUGCAGAACACCGCGGAAGGGAAGAGGGCUUACCAGACCUUUGCUCUCCCACUGCCCAUGCUUCUCGCUCAACCCGGUGCAAGAUCUGACUUAGAGAUUCUUUCCUUCCCCAGGGCCCUGGACCCAUCCUCCCCACCCCGCUGCCCCGUCUCACUGGCCCGGGUUCCGGGCUGGCCUGUGGAGAACCCCCGCGAGCGCACCGCACUCCAAUGUAAAGCCAGCCACUGCCGGCCCGCUUCCCAGGUCGCUUUUCUCUGAAAACCGACCCCAGUGCCUCCGGCUUUACAAUUUGAGUAAACUGGGUCAUCAGCAACGGCAACACAGACCCAAGGGACUAUCGCCGUUCAUUCAGAGACUGAAACGGGGAGACGAAGCGCGCGGGCGGGGGACGCUCACCCGGAUACCUCCGGGUACCUCAUCGUCGCCCCGCCCCGCAGCCUGUAGAGGGCGUGGCUAGAGGCCAGUCCGUGCCCCGCCCCUCCGGCCGCGCGCCAGCGGGCGGAAGUGACGUGUGCCCAGAGCCAUUUCCGGCGGGCCGAAACUAGGAAGAAACUUGGAGCUGUUCAGGCGACCCAGCCUCCUAUCGCUGCUGCUCUUGUACUCGGUUGGCCCGGGCCGCGCUGAACUGUCGGGAGCCUAGGCCGUGGGGCAGCCUGGGCCUUCUGCAGUGUGAGGCGCGGGGCCUCCCGCGGCGCUCCGCUGACAGGCUGCGGACGGGCAGGCGGGAGGCGUGGUGUGGGUCGCGGUCGCGGCCCCCGCCGCCGGCCCUGGCCGCGGCAUCAUGAACAUAGACGUGGAGUUCCACAUCCGGCACAACUACCCCUGGAACAAGUUGCCGGCCAACGUGAGACAGAGUCUUGGAAAUUCACAGAGAGAAUAUGAAAAGCAGGUUGUCCUGUACAGUAUCCGCAAUCAGUUACGAUAUAGAAAUAACUUAGUUAAACAUGUCAAGAAAGAUGAACGCAGGUACUAUGAAGAACUGCUAAAGUACAGCCGAGAUCAUCUCAUGCUGUACCCUUACCAUCUAUCGGAUAUUAUGGUGAAGGGCUUGAGGAUAACACCAUUUUCAUAUUAUACUGGGAUUAUGGAGGAUAUUAUGAACAGUGAGAAAAGUUAUGAUUCAUUGCCCAAUUUUACUGCUGCUGACUGUCUAAGGCUUCUUGGCAUAGGAAGAAACCAGUAUAUUGAUCUUAUGAAUCAGUGUAGAUCAUCAAAAAAAUUCUUCAGAAGGAAAACAGCCCGUGAUCUUCUACCAAUAAAGCCAGUGGAAAUUGCCAUAGAGGCGUGGUGGGUGGUGCAGGCUGGAUAUAUCACAGAAGAUGACAUCAAGAUAUGCACUUUGCCUGAGAAAUGCGCUGUUGAUAAGAUCAUCGAUUCAGGCCCUCAACUCUCCGGAUCACUAGAUUACAAUGUAGUACAUAGUUUAUAUAACAAAGGAUUUAUUUAUCUGGAUGUACCAAUAUCUGAUGACAGUUGUAUAGCAGUUCCACCUCUUGAAGGUUUUGUAAUGAAUCGAGUGCAAGGUGAUUAUUUUGAAACUCUACUGUAUAAGAUAUUUGUUUCAAUAGAUGAGCACACAAAUGUUGCAGAGCUUGCAAAUGUCCUUGAGAUUGACUUAUCCCUGGUUAAGAAUGCUGUUUCAAUGUAUUGCCGAUUGGGCUUUGCCCAUAAGAAGGGACAAGUAAUUAAUUUGGAUCAACUUCAUUCAUCAUGGAAGAAUGUUCCAUCUGUAAACAGAUUAAAGAGUACCUUAGAUCCACAGAAGAUGCUCUUGUCAUGGGAUGGAGGGGAAAGUAGGAGUCCUGUACAAGAAGCUUCGUCGGCAACUGACACUGAUACCAAUAGUCAAGAAGAUCCAGCUGACACAGCCAGUGUAAGCAGCCUGAGUCUGUCUACAGGACACACGAAGCGCAUCGCAUUCCUGUUUGACUCCACUCUUACUGCCUUCUUAAUGAUGGGAAAUCUUUCACCAAACUUGAAAAGUCAUGCAGUCACAAUGUUUGAAGUAGGCAAACUCUCAGAUGAGUCUCUGGACAGCUUUCUUAUAGAACUAGAAAAGGUUCAGAGCACUGGUGAAGGAGAAGCACAGAGAUAUUUUGAUCAUGCACUUACUCUGAGAAACACAAUACUGUUUCUGCGUCAUAACAAAGAUCUAGUUGCACAAACUGCACAGCCAGACCAACCCAAUUAUGGUUUUCCUCUGGAUCUCUUACGCUGUGAAAGCCUUCUUGGUUUGGACCCUGCAACUUGCAGCAGAGUUCUAAACAAAAAUUACACGCUGCUUGUUUCCAUGGCUCCCCUCACCAAUGAAAUCCGGCCUGUCAGCAGCUGCACCCCUCAGCAUAUUGGACCAGCUAUCCCAGAAGUCAGCUCUGUGUGGUUUAAACUGUACAUUUAUCAUAUCACUGGACAAGGACCACCAUCCCUUUUAUUGUCCAAAGGUACAAGACUUCGGAAACUGCCAGAUAUAUUUCAGAAUUAUGAUCGAUUGCUAAUAACAUCUUGGGGUCAUGAUCCUGGAGUAGUUCCUACCUCAAAUGUGCUCACGAUGUUGAAUGAUGCUUUAACACAUUCUGCAGUUUUAAUUCAGGGGCAUGGUCUGCAUGGGUUAGGAGAAACUGUCCAUGUCCCAUUUCCAUUUGAUGAAACAGAACUACAAGGAGAGUUCACUCGUGUCAAUAUGGGUGUUCAUAAAGCAUUGCAGAUACUAAGGAACAGAGUGGACUUACAGCAUCUCUGUGGAUAUGUCACCAUGUUGAAUGCUUCCAGCCAACUUGCAAAUAGAAAACUCAGUGAUGCUUCUGAUGAGAGAGGAGAACCUGAUUUGGCUUCUGGCUCAGAUGCAAAUGGGAGUACAGAAUCAUUUGAAAUGGUCAUUGAGGAAGCAACUGUAGAUUCAGCAACAAAGCAAACCUCUGGUGCCACAACAGAAGCAGAUUGGUUUCCUCUCGAGCUCUGCUUUGGAAUUCCACUGUUCAGUUCUGAAUUAAACCGGAAAGUUUGUAGGAAAAUUGCUACACAUGGCCUUUGCAGAAAAGAGAGCCUUCAAAACCUCUUACAUUCCAGUAGAAAACUCUCUCUGCAAGUCCUUAACUUUGUUCACUCAUUCCAGGAAGGUGCUUCAACAUUGGAUAUUCACACAGAGCCCAGUUUUUCAAGUUUGCUUUCACAGUCAUCGUAUGCUGACAUGGGUGUUCCACUUCCUGCAAAAAACUUAAUAUUUAAAGAUGGUGUCUUAUCAGAAUGGAGUGGACGGUCACCUUCCUCACUUCUUAUUGCUAAUCUCCAUUUGCAAUAAUUUGGUUACACCAUUUGUUGCUCACACUUUCUGCCUUUUUUCUUUCUUAACGUUAGCUUUAUAGUGUCAGCCACUAAAAAGCAUCCUGCUGCUUCAGUGCAAUUCUUGCUUAACUAAUAUUAAAAGUUUGGAGAACAUAUUCAUGUUUUCUGAAGUUUUGCUCAUUAUUGCACAUCUUAUUGCAACAAAGUGCUUUUUAGCAGCCAGCACUGUAUUUUUUACCUUGAGACAAUCUGCAUUUCUUUUAUAAAACUAAGUAUAUACUUUAUAGGCUUUAUGAUGACUGUUAUGUUUAUAAGCAGUCACUAUGAAAAUCGCAAUGGUAAUUUUAUAUGUUAGUUUAUCAAACAUAAAUCUUGUUUAAUUUUAUAUUUUGUUACCUAUACUUUGGGGGAUCAAGGGAAGAGAUGGAACUCUUCCUCUGAAAAGGCUUCUUGGUACUUAAAGUAGUAAAACUAUAAAACAAUAAACAUCCAGUAUUGAGAGAUGAUAUGAUAGGGCAUUAUGAAUUCCUAUGGGUGUCUGUAAAUUAUGUAUGUCAGUUGGACAUUGUAGAAGGUAUGUAAAUCAGCAUAGUUGUGUAUAACUUAACCUUGAUUUAUAAGGUCUUAACUCAAGAUUAUGACUAUUCACUGACAUCUCAUGAGAAGCUUUAGAAAACUUUCUAUUUUUAAACACCAUUUAUAUGUGGACUUCUGUUGUCACUGACUUUGGGCUUUAUAUUUUCAUAGAGUCUUUAUGGAAAAAAAUAGAAUUUAUUUUCCACUCAUAGCUAUAGCUGCUGCACAUUUUCACCCUGAUUUAUUUUUUUGUUUCUUAGCUUUGAUGUUUUCAAACCAAGGAUUGUGAUUUUAGGUUAGAAUUACAUAUUAGAAGCAUUAAGACUAUGUCUUUGGAUCAGAAUGCUUUAGUGAUAAACCUGCUUUUGAAGACAUACUCUUAAGCAAUCUGGAUCUUAAAUUUAUGUGAAUACUUUUUUAGAAAAUGAUAAAGAGAAAUGGAAUUAUUUCAAAGUGUUUUUUGAGUCAUUGAUUCUUUUAGCAUCUCAAAUGUUAAUUAGAAUAAUUGGAAUCACUUUUUAGACUUUUCAAGUUACCUUCCUUGGGAAGUUUGUGCAGUGUUUUAGUUUAGUUUAGCUCUUCUUAUAGGGUAAUGGUUUGCUAGUUUAAAACUGUAACCAAACGAACUGGUCAGACAACAUAUAUCUAAAACACUUAAAAUGUUAGGAAGUUUGGGAAUGUUAUAACCUAAACGUUUUUGCUGAUAACUUUUUGUUAUUUAUAGAUAUUUGUGUAUUUAACAUACAUACUUCAGGAAAUAUAUGCCUUUCCUAAAAGUUAACCAUGCAUUCAAUACCAUGGCCUAUCUAUAGAAUUGAAUAUUUUGGACCAUGUUAUCUGUGGCACUGUCAGUGCUGUGUUUGAGGUAAAUGCAGUAACGGUUAGUUUUCUACUUUGUCUUAUAGAAGGUAGAAACCAUGUGUGUGUUAUGUUUGUCUAUAAAAGAAAAAAUACUAAUAUUAAAUAAUUUCUUACAACUCUGAGUCACUCACUUAUUUUUCCAAUAAUUGAUAUUGUACAUUCCUAGUGCCAUUAGGUAUGUAUGUAUGUAACUUUUACAGUUUUUCAGCUGAAAGUUGUUUAAGUAUUUUUUUUUUUUUGAUCAGGGCUCUUUAAUCUCAUUUUAAUUUCCUGUGUUUGAACUAUAGUUAUUUUAUUUAUUCUUAUAUUAACCAUCUAAACCAACUGCAGUGACAUGUACACUAAUAAAGAAUUGAACAUUUGUAGUUGUUGGCAGUGAACCCAAGUUGUUGGUGAAUUUAAAGCUUAAAAUAUGGGAUGAUUUGCUGCUAUAUUUCCUUUGAGAGAUAAAGGAGGAAGAAAUAGAACCUCAUAGUGAUCAUGAAUUUUAGGGAAAGUACUGAAAAACCAUGGGGUCCACUCUGGUUUCUCAUGUUGAAUGAGGCAGGGGUAAUCAUCUGAUUCCGAGCUGAAGACCUCUGGUACUCUUAAGGAGGGAGAGUGCAUUUUUAGAGCUUUUAGCAAAAUGUGAAAAGCUGAUGUUUGCGCCUUGCUUUGUGAAUUUGGCUUUGUUUUACUUAUACAUUAACUCAUGUAAUCUCUUAAAUCUUACAAGUAUUGAUCCAUUUCAACAAGAAGGUAAAUUUAAAAUGCAGACUUUGUUAUUUGCCAAAGAAGAUUCAUGAAAAAUUUAUGUCCAAUUAUUUUGCAAAUAGUUAAUUUCAUUUGGCUUUUUACUACGUUCCUUCCUUUCUUUCCCCGCUUCCUUAAUGUAAUUUAAACCCUGGCAAACAUUCUUUAGAAACCAAGAGGAAAAAAAGAACAAAUAUCAAAAAAGACAUAGAAUUUAAUAUUGGUACAAUUUCACCUCUAAAAUGGACUUGAAGAAAUGCAACUUUAUAUUGUUAAAAAAUAUCAUCUGAUUUCCUUUCUUUUUUAAAUUAUGUAAUCAGAUGAUUUUAUAUUUUUUGGGGGGGAGCGGAAUAUUGGUUUCUUGAUGUUUUCAGUUUUCUCUGCCGUUCAUGUUUCUUUUUUGUGUUCAGUGUUUCAAAUACAAUUUGUAUUUAAGGAUUUUAAAAUACCAAACUGUAACUGAGUACAGUGGAUCGUUUUCUGUUAGGAUGUUAAUAUUAUACAAUGAAAUCUAUAAAGUGUUGUCAAUUUGAUUAUUGACACAUAUAACAUGUUUACAAAUAAACUGUGGUAUUGAUCAAGUUACUAUGAAAA